UCGAACGCAGUUAUUUGUUCUUCUACUUCUAACCUAACCCUAACCACAAAAAAAAAAUCGCCCCUUUUAAAAUAAUUUCAUUUCUAAUAUUUGUUGUAAAUAAUUAGCAAUAAUAGCUCUAACUUCUAGUUCUCCACAAUAAAUCAUGAGAUUCUCUUUUACAAAUUUCGCCAGAAUCGGAAAAUGGUCGCAACAAUUCGGCAAUUUGCCAGAAAGAUACAUAGAAAGGGCCAUGAACCAAGUGUACUGGAAAAACCCCAAGGGUCCCCAGUACAAACCCAAUGCCGUUUUACAAAGGAAAAAAUUUAAAAUGGGAGUCCACAGGCCGUGGACUAUGGAAUUCAAGAACGAGAAUAUGCCUAAAACUUAUUCGCCGAAAAUAUUUGUCGAGCCUAUCAGGGAAUGGAGCUAUUUUAGGGGGGAUCGUGUUGAGAUUUUAGUGGGUAAGGACAAAGGUAAACAAGGCAUAAUUAAAACAAUAAUCCAAGAAAGAAAUUGGGUCCUUGUAGAAGGGCUAAAUUGUAAACUGAAGAAUUUAGGAAAAGAUGAAAAAAAAGAUUUUGAGGGUGUAUAUAUUCAAGAAGAACAACCUUUAUUAGUUACCACUGAUAUUGCUUUAGUUGAUCCAUCUGAUUUGAAAUCUACGGAAUUUGAAUGGAGAUUCACUGAAGCAGGAGAAAAAGUUCGAGUCUCUGCAAGAAGUGGCCGUAUAAUUCCAAUUCCAGCCUCUGUAGAAGAAACCAUAGAUUAUAAAAGCAAAUCCACGUACAGGGAACAACCAAAAGAUACCACAACUGAUGUAGUAACUGAGAUAACUUUUGAACCUAAAUUGUGCACAUUUGAAAUGGAUAUAAUGGAAAAGAUGGGUAUAAAAGAAGAUAGGGUACCUCCUAAAUCUUAUUGGUACUAAAAAAUGUUGAUUAGAUGUUAAAUUGUGUUUUAUUUAGAUGUAUUUAAAUAUGGGCUCAAAUUAGGGGC